AUGAACACGCAUUCCCUAGAGUCUGCCUGCCAAAGAGCUCUCCCUCAAGACUUGAGUAUUUCAUUAGUGAGAUAAAACAGGGCUGAGCCUACUGAGGUUGCCAGUUUCACUGAUGAGGAAAAGAGUAGCAAGGGAAUCAGAAAGAGAGAGAGAGAGAAAGAGCAAGAGACAGAGAGGGGGCUGUGAUAAACUCUGCUGCGAGCCCUCCUGUAAGCAGAGUGAGAGAGUGCAGGAGCAACAGCAUAAGAUUUGGACAGAACUGUGAGCAGGACCUACCACAGAUUUUGCUCUUUGGGGAGAGCGUGCAUUUGUUUUUGUCACCCAAGGCUGAUGUAUUUGGGUGUGAUCGUCCCAUCAAGUGCUUUAAAGUUGCUCCGAGGGAGACUGAUUUUUCCCUGCAAGGAAAAAAAGGCAAAGGAAGGCCAAAGGCUAAGAAAACUGGAUCAUUUCCAACUUCCAAUUCCCUCAGGACUUUUUUUUCCCACCUCGGCUUCAAGAAGGAACCACAUGUGAAGACUGAUGGGGCAAGAGCUUAGCGUUGCUUACCAGAGAAUCUUCUCAGCUGCAUCACCACACAGACUCCACAUCCCAGGAGCGAGACGGAGGUGAAGAAUCAGAGAGAAAGUGAGAGGGAAUCUGAGUAAUUUCCAUCCAGUUCCCCCUUUCCCAGUUUGGGACCUUCUUUAGUUGCCCUCUGCUACCCCCCAUGGGGCAGGAAGCGUGAAAAAUCUCACUAAUGGGUUUAUUUGCUGUCAGCUCAGCGACGACCUGUCAUUUCCCAGGAUUGCUCCGCACUUGACACAUUUCAUAGUCGAGUAAGCUUUGCUUUGUUUUUGCCAAAGGGGCUUGAGCCUCACACUGGUAGCUGCUGAGAAGAUCAAGAGCAGGCUGAGGUAUCAGGUGGAGUGGACAAGUUCCUUAAUCACUUUGCCUGCCUCUUACAGUAUUUAUCUCCCUGUGAGGUCAAGCGUGCGGGACGUCUCGCUGUUCCUUUGUAUUUCUUGAAGUCGAGAACUUCCCACAGAGAGAAGGACUGUGAUAGAGUCUGCUUUCUGACCCAACAACGGUCUCCUGGCUGGUGGGCUGAAGAUGCGUUGCUGGGUACUAGCUGUGGUGACGGCUGUGCUCUGGAGCCAGUGCAUCCCUCUAGGGUGGGCCGAGGGCAGGAAGGUGCCUAAGAGGCUGAAGGAAGGCGCUCCACAGCACACCGAAGCAUUCAACACCACUCUUUCCAACAGCGAGGAGCUGGAUGGCAGCCCAAAGGUUGGUGAGAAUCAGAGAGUGGACCCUCUUGGGUCAUGGAUGGACUUUGUGAAGAGACCUGUGGGCAACUUUCCUGGAAAAUGCCGAAAACGGAAACGACCACUGCCUGGUCCCCCAGGCCCUCCAGGUCCUCCAGGGCCUCAGGGACCCCCAGGAGCCCCCGGGGCAGAGGUCACUCAGGAGGUCCUGCUGCGAGAGUUCAAAGAAAUGAUCAAAGAGGCCACGGAGAGGAGAGCAGCAGUGGACCGGCCCAGUGAACCUAGUCAGCUGCCCACGGCUCUGAUUACACUGGAGGGCAUGACCUCCUACAGGAGAAUCGAGGAAGCGUUCCAUUGCAAACUCAAAGGCCCUGUGGUCGUGGACAAAAAGACUCUGGCAGAGCUGCAGAACUUUCAGACACCUCCUGCCAAAGGUGCCUUCCUCAGAGGGACGGGGAUGGAUCAGUCCACUGGCCGAUUUACAGCUCCUGUAACUGGAAUUUAUCAGUUCUCUGCCAAUGUUCAUAUUGACCACACUGAGGUGAAGAGAAGUAAGAGCCAGCUGAGAGCCAGAGACAACGUCCGAGUUUUGAUCUGCAUCGAAUCGCUCUGUCACAGAUAUACAUCCUUGGAAAUGAUUGUUGGCCUUGAGAGUAACAGCAAGAUAUUCACAGUAUCUGUUCAUGGACUGCUGGAACUUCAGGCUGGCCAGUACACCUCUAUAUUUGUGGACAAUGCAGCUGGAGCGUCGAUCACAAUACAGAACGGUUCCGAUUUCAUGGGCAUGUUGUUGGGUGUAUAGCUGUGUUUUACAGCCAGAGAUUGUAUAUCUGGCGGGCCACGUAAGACUGCACAGCUCCUCUACGGACAAUCAACAAGCACCAUAAAUCCUCAUGAGACAAUAUCUGACCGCCACAAAGCUUUUGGCUUGUUUUUGGAAGAGACACAGACACAUUAAACCCACACAGCAGAGACAGUUGGACACGAAACUGAAAGACUUUAAUGAGGACAGUAGAUCUGCCUUUCUCAUGCGCCGUGAGGUUGUUACCUCAUCAGAAAGAUCUUUUUUUAAAAUAUCAAGUCUGAUUUUGUUAUAUAUAGAUGUAUACGAAGAGAUUUUUGUACUUUGAUGUGUUGUUAUGUAUGUCUUUUUUUCCUCUUAAUUAAUAGUUUAUAUACAGAGUGUUUAUUUACACAAUUUAUUUUAUACGGUGAGAGGUUUUCUACAAUACAGGAGAUUAUCUUUUGGAUUUAUCUUAAAGGGAAAGUUCACCCAGAAAAUUAGUUUGCUCAUUUAUUCUCCUUCAGGUCAACCAAGGUGUGCAGUAGGUGAAUUUGUAUGUCAGUAGUAGAUUAAAGGUUUUUAGCUGAUCCAUAUUGUGAAAUUUAAUGCAAGUCGAUGAAUACUGGCACUGUGAGAAGUAGGAAACAGUAUAUACACACAAAAAAAGUGCAUGUUUCUCAUGACAAUAAUGAUGUUGUAAUUAAUGUUCAGUUUAUUGCACAAAUUGAUCAUUUCGGUUCAUUAAACCUCAAUGUAUCAGCACUCAACUAGAGUAAAAGAGAUGUUGAAGAAGGUUUAGAAGAUUGAUAAAUGUGAGCCAUCAUCAUAUUAAUAAAAAUAAAUACCAAAUUUCUUAAAAAUGUUAGCAAUAGGUAAAAGAUAAAUGGGAAACAGGAAAAAGUCCCAAAACUGAUCCCUGUGGUACACCACCAACAACAUGAGAGGGCUAAAACUGUUUGAGCUGGACACAUUUAGUCAAUGUUAAUAAUAAAUAAAUAAAUAAACAAAUAAAUAAUUAAUUUAAUAUAAAUAAAAAAUAUAAAUGAAUAAAUAAAUAAUCAAUUAAAUAAAUAAAUAAAUGUAUUUUUAUUUGAUAUAAAAAUAUUUUUUUUUUUUAUCCUAAGUGCCAAUUGACUUGUGGUUUGUCAGUCAAAAAACAAACAAGCAGACAAUCAAAACAUAUACAGGUAAAUCGAAAUUAAAACCUGUGGCUCCUGACUAUACUGAUGGUCAGCCUGUCAAAGCCAACAAUUUUUAGUUAUUACUUACCUGCAGUGCUUAAUUUGAGCCAGAUCUUGCCAGAUCUUGUUCCAGGAAAUGUCAGAUAUUCGUGUUUUAUGUUAUAGUAUUUAUUUUAAUUGAUACGGCAUUAACUUUUGCAUGGUGAAUACCUGCAUUUGUGUGUGUGUGUGUGUGUGUGUGAGAGAGAGAGAGAGAAAGAGAGAGAGAGAGAGAGAGAGAGAGAGAGAAUGUGAAUGAGUCAAAGUGAAAAACAGUGAGCAAAGCUGUGUUGAUUGUGUGUGCACCAAUCAGCUUUCGUAUGUUUACAAUCACUCUCAUUGGUGGGGAUUAUUGUUUCGCGUACAGUGAGCAGUGAAAAUAAAUAAUGGCAUAGUGGCCUACCUAAAUAAUAUUUGCAUUUUCAAAAUGCCAGAGGCAGUCGAGCAUAUAUUAUUUAAAAAAACAAAAAAACAAAAAAAAAAAACAUGAGGAAAUCUGAUACCGAGCCUGAUCAAGAGAAGAUGAAACUGCACCCCUGGAUCAGGGUAGCGGGAGACAAAAGCAAAACAAUCAAGUCAGACACAAAACAUGACAGAAGAGAAAACCGUAGGGUCUUCCUGAAGUUUAGACAGAGUGAAUCAUUUUUGAUUGGCACAUAAUAGUGAAGUGAACUGAAUGUCAGGGGUAUUAGUAAAUUGAAUAGUGAUGUUUCAUUUGACAUGUUAUGUUUUUUUAAUCCAUGAUUGACCAAUAACGUUAUAUUGCACAAAAAAACUAAAGACGGUACAGAAAUGUGAUGCUUUUUUCACUACAAGCGCUUAGUAUCAUCAUGUUCUGGCAAAACUGAAAUUGUGUGGUUGACGUUGGUCACGAUAAUUUUUAUUUUCUGGUUUUGUUCCAGUAAUUAUUCAUUUACAAAUUAAGCACUGCUUAUCUGUAUAUUGUUUUUUGACUCUCAAAGUAUUGGUAAAGGCAUUGACUUGCAUUUUAUAAAUCAGCAGAAGCUCGGUCUCAGAUUAAAAAAAAAGCCAUCUAAAUACAGUAUACAUCAGGUCUGGCAAAAAUGACAAUUUUUGGGUGAACUAUCCCUUUAAAAGUGUUACGAUUUAAUGAAGAUGUUACCCAGAAUGCACACCUAUGCAAACUCUUAUGCAUACCAUGUCUGUAUUUUUAAAAAAAUAUGACAAGCUAGACAGUUUUAUUUACUAUGCAGCUCCAAAAAGCAUGUUGUAGAGACUUGAUUAUUGAUAAAAGAACAGAUUUUCCAUUACACUCGGCCAAAAGAAGGAAACAGCCAAAUACAAGAAAAGAAACAAGACGGAUGACUCAGUCUAUUUUUACGUCCAAUAGCUAACAGUCCCAAACAAUAGCAUUUAUCCAGCAGUGUGUGUGUGUGUGUAUGUAUGUAUGUGUGAGUGAGUGUGUGUUUGGAAAGCUACCGCCAUGAUCGAUUAGACAUGUUAGAGUCCUGCUGAGUUUUCCUUUUGUUUACUGAAAUGCCAAAUACGUCAUCUUUAAAUGCUCUGUUUUUCACAUCUCCAUGCUAACUGUUAAAAGUGUUGUUCUUUCUUUUUUUUAUUAUUAUUUACUUAAAGAAAUUAAGAUACAUAUAUAUUAGCAUAUUUGCCAUACAGAUUAUUUAUGUUUAAAUGUAUCUGCCAAUUAAAAUAGAUUUAUUUUUUUUAAUUGGCUUUCAGCCUUCCAGUAGAUCUCAAUACAAGUGAAAAUGAUGUGCUGCAGUAUUUGCUUGUAUUGUGGUGUAAUGGAAAUAUAACUGUAUUCAAUAAAUGUAAAAUAUAUCUAUUCA